CGAGACACAGCGGCAAACUGAUAAUUUUUUUCAUUGUAUUUGUUCAAUUGGCGUGAUGGCUAAAGCUUCGGCUUCGAAAUCUCGGACAUGUUGUGGGUUUAUUCCCAUGAAGACAGGCGUCACCAUUCUCACCAUCUUUGGUAUUCUCAACAAACUCUCCGGAUUUUACGGUCUUAUUUCCUUUGAUUUUGAGGACAAAAUUGCUCUUAGUGUAUAUAUCUACUCUUUAUUUGCACUCAUUGUCUUUGGUGUCGGCUUUUACGGUAUCCAAAACGAUAAUCUGCAAAUCGUUCGAUGGUACACCGCUUUCUAUUGGGUUGACUGUGUAGUCAGUACUGCAACGACCAUCCUCUUUGCUGUGAAGUGGUACGUGUUGACAGACCACAGCUUACCAGAAUUGGCAGACGACCCCGUGAAAUUGAAAGAACAUGACGACGUUUUCCGUAUGGAAAGUACCGUCAGUAUCUUGAUUUUGGUUAUACUACGUCUUGUUCAUGUAAGUGUUCAAAUGGCCUGCAACUGCAACGAGAAUAUGAAAUGAAAUUGACAAUGAGAUGCCCGUUUAGGUCUAUUUUGCUGUUAUCGUAACAACAUACUAUAUGUCGAUGGGCAAGGCACAAUAUACAAAGCUGGCAGCUGCUGUGGACGAGGAACUAAGUUACGCAGAACAUGCCAACGCACAACAUCUCCGGCAAUCUGAGAAGUUGAUGAAUCAUCGAGAAUAGAUCCAUUUAUUUUCUGUUAUUUUCCCUUUUCCUCUUCCUCCCAUUCCCCGCACUGCAACGUACAGUUCAUUAUGUAUUUUUAACCUCUGACUGCUUCCAUUUGUUUUCAUUCUAAUCGCUUAUUACUCUAUCAAUCAAAUCACUUUUUUUUUUU